AUUCAUAACGAAGUCAAAAUUUUUUCCAGAGUAUAUAUUUACUCCUCUCGUUGAAAGUGAAUUAUCAUCCAGCAGUGUGUAACCCUUAUCAUCAAAUGAUACUGGAAAUGUGUAUCAUUAUUUAAACAUGACGCGUGCUUAAAACUACCACAUCUAUAUUAUUAUACAGAUAUCAAGACUGUUUCAACUGCCAGUGGGGAAAAAUCACUCAUUCUUGGCACCAUCCAGCCAGACUUCAAUAUGUACUCAACAGACUCGCUGAUAGGAUAAUCAUAGUGAAGAUGGGGACAAUAUUCAGGUGGAUUGCAGCCUGGUUAAAGCAUGAAACAUUCUGUGGUCAACAUAUAUUUCAUGUACUGUUGCCUAUACUGGAACAAGAAUGAAUGAUGGCCACAGUGUCUCCAGACAGCACACUCCUGGGAGACUUAAUUGAGGCUUCAAGCACAUCAGAUGACAAAGAAAACCAGCACUCAACCAAACCCAGUAGUUUGUUAUCUACAGUGCCUUGGGACAGGCACGGAGAUGCAGUCUUCAAGGCAGUCUCCAACACAAGAGUGCUAAAGCGGGAGAAUCCUUCUGACCCUUUCUUUCUAAAUGUCAGUCCCACCAAGCAGGUUCCCACAGGAGAGAAUGGGGAGCCCCUCUGUGGCCAACCAGUGCCAUUUUUCGGAGGGACAGCCACACAGUUUACAAACACAAAUACAAGCAAGGAAACACAAGGUGCAACUCCCAAGGUCAGCAGGAAGAAACAUGGGUUCCCUCACUCAAGCUUUCUCUCCCCAGAUCUCACCAAGUCCAUGUUCUUCAGGAAGCAUAGAAAUUCCAACAAGAAGACGCCCAGGACAUUAAGCAGGCUACAGAAACUACACAGGGAUAAUGAAAGAAAUCGCCACCACGGAUUGAAUUCAGCUAUACAGCAGCUAGCAGCUAUGACUCCACAACUGACAGAAUCUCUAGAUAGAGAAACUAAGGUUUCCCGGAUGAAGAGAGUGGUUAAUUAUAUCUGUUACCUGGAGACCCACAUUCGGUCAUUGUGUGUUGAUCUAGAUAUUGCACUAGAUUUUGACAGCCUGUUCCUCACUCCACACCUUGAUAAUAUAGAUCAGAAUCACUCUCCUAUGUAUAUCCCAAUGAAAGAGGAAUACUCUGUCAGUGCAACCAACUCCCAGGAAGAUUUUCAAGAGUCUGAUGCCUCACAACUAGUCACUUUGCAGUCUGACAGAGAUCGGCACAGUAAGGUCUCCUCUCCAACCAUAGAUUCCACCACACAUGGAGAGGAAGAGUGUCCACAGACUGUCCCCCACCUCUCCAUCACUGCCCCACUUCAGCUUGUGCCAGACUGGCAGGAAUCUGGCUAUGAGGACAUCUACAGGGAACAACAAGUGUCCAAGUUCAGCUUAUCAUGUGACCCUGGCCAGGAAGAAAAGGUGGACAAGUUGAUCAAACAACAAAUGACCAACAGGGCAGAACUUGUAGCAGAGGACAUUAUGUUACCAGCAGUGCAAGAUGUUUCUGAUGACUCUGAUGAUAGCAUUCCCUACUAUUCUGGCAUUGCCCUGUUCCACAACUACAGCAAGACUGCAGGCAAAUCGCACAACUCUGAAGAAAACAGCCCUAAUGCCAGCACCAGUGAUUUGACACAGACAUCAUCCAUGUAUGAAGAAUCUGAGCUGAAAGACCAAGAUUCUUCCUUCUUUGACUUGCUCAGUACUCCCAAGCUGUGUUCCAAAUCCCCCUUGACCUCCCCCGAGAGAAUACAGUCUCCAAUCAGAACACCAAAGACCAAAAGAGAAGCAGAGUGCCAUGGCAAGUCUUCUGCCAAGACACCUGUUCAGAGAGGUCAUCAACUCACACCUACAAAGAAUUCAGGGGUUAUUGUAACACCUUCUACACCUGAACAGUCUUUGUUUCAAAAGAAACCUGCAAGUGUGCAAAAGAAGGUAAACCGUUUAGUUGCCCAGAAAAAGCAGAUUGCCCACAGCUGUUUGAAAAACAGCUUCCUUUUUGGAUUGAAAACCCCUCCAAAGAAGGCUUGCCCCCUGAAAAAGACUUGCCUGCACAUGGCCAAGCGUUCUCCUGUCAUUAGACCCCUCACUAUGAGGAAAGUCAUGGGAAAGUACAAGACCCGAAUGUAUAGAUUACAGCAAAAUAUGGAGAAAGGUGAAACAUGUAAUGAAGAUUUCAGUAACUCUGUGUUAAAAUCACAUCAGUUCAGCUCUGAAAAAGAAGACGAGACAGAAAGGAAGACAUCUGGUUCAGAAUCUGCUGAAAAAGAUAUUGAAGUAGAAGAAAGUGCCUCAGACAGGCAAUCUGCAGUCCAGGAGCCUGUGAGAAUUGACCUGAGGAAGACGUCUUGGAUGAAUGGAUUCAUGAUGUUCAGCAGGAUUAAUAGGAAGAAUUUCAUUGAUAAACACCCAGGUACCCAUACCUCUCAUAUCAGCAAGUUGAUGGGAAGUGCCUGGAGAAGUAUGACAGCAGAGGAGCAAAAACCCUACAAGGACAAGGCUAAGGAUUACAGUCAGUAUUUACUGAAUGCCUACAAGUUGCCAGCUAGUUUUAACAAAGACAGCUGUUCUGGGGGAGAAGUGAAGGAAUACUUAGGAGAGAAUUCUAAUGAUCCUAAGAAUGAAGACCAUGGAAUAAAACAAGAGAGUGGCUGCCAGGAUCCUUAGAAGGUGGAAAAAAUACCACUGUGUAGCCAUAGCAACAUUUUAUUUUUUUCCUCUCUCUGCACAUGGGCAAUUUUAUCUGGCUUACCUGGUAUUGGUUUUAUCUACUAGCAUUUUCUUUAUUGGUUGAAAAAUAAACAGUAUCAUUAUGGAUUUAAGUGCCCUAUGUCAGUUUAAAUGGAUCAAAAUAGGACCUAUUUGUCUAUAUUGAUAUUAAUAUUACAAAGAUUUCCUCAUUGAAAAUGAAAACUUGUACAUAUUUUUUUAAACAAUCUUUAGUUGAAAAUUGAUAUUUUACAGACGUCAUUUAAGAAAAGCAUGUUUGUUCAGACAUGUUAAGUAAGAUUUAUGUAAUAGUACCUGUAAGUUAUUGAUUUCUUUGAUACUUGGGCUAUUCAGGCAGAACAUAUCAAGUCUAUGACAUAAUGUCAAAUGACCGAUAAUAUCUUAUGUACAUGUUGGAAACUUCAAAGGUAUACAGAGACAAUGGCAUAUAAUGUUUUGCUAGUCAUCAUUUCACCAUGUAGAAUAUAGUCCAUUUAACGUGUUAAUAGGGAGUAAUCAAUAUAAUAAGCUGUUCAUUAUGUGCAUUUGCAUGCACAUCAACCUGAACAUGUCUGAAUAGUGUGGAGGUGUCUGAUGAAAAAACCAGUCACCAAGUGUAGUAAAUAAUUGAAUAUCAUGAUCAUAAUGUUGUAACAAAGUGGUUUGUAUUAGUACUUUUGAAGAUGUUGAAGGAUUUUAGAAGAGACUUAACCAUGUGUUUAAGUGGAAAUUGCAUUAUUUGUCCUGCCUGCAAAGAAUUUGCCACCCUCCUACUGAUCUGCUGUGGUGCCUUGAAACUAAGCUGCUGGUAACCUCUUAUGGUUACCAUUAAUAAGUACAGUCUUGUCUAUUGAAAUGUAUUAGGUGGCUGGUGGUACAUACUCAGGAGAUGGCCCAGUCUUCUGAAACUGAGGUCUUUUGGAUGUUCACCAAUUGAUGCUUUACAAGUGAGAGCAAAGAUACCACUGAUAAUGGACAUACACCAGCAUUCAAAUUAAACAAUGGAAAUAGUAUUAGAAAUGAAUUUACUCUUUGCCAUUCUCCCUUUCAUAUUUAACAGUAAAUUAUAACUUUGGAAAAGACUUAAGUGAUUUAUGAACCAUACAGAAUUGUGCUGUGAUGAUUCUUAAUUUGGAAUGUUGGCUGUAAUUUGCUGAAAGUCCAUUUACCCACCAGGUAUGUUAGUUCAUGUGGGGUUAUGAGAAAAUUUAUUGUAAUUUCUUUGCAGUUUAUUAAGAGGCUGUUGUUAGAAAUGAUACAUUUUCUGGACAUUGUCAUUUCCUUGCCUUGAAAUUAACCAUACACAAAUCUGAGAACUGUUACUUGUGGUGCCAAAUUGAUGUGCUGUAUAUGACUUCUCCCUUGUAAUAAAUGUUACUGGGGAGAUUUUCAUCUCAGACUGUGAAGAUGAGAGACUUGUUAGCAAUAUUGCACUUGUUUUGUUUAUUGUCAUAUUUACCUUUAUCACUAAGUGUGACUAAGUCAUCAGCAUAAGUAAUUCACAUGUUGAAUUUAAACCUACGAGAUUUGGAAAAAAUUACAUUUUUAGCUUUUUUUUUCGCUGUUGCUUUAAUGUUUUUGAUUUGUUAAAAUAUAUGCAGUUAACACAAAGUAUUAUAAACGUUUGAUAUCAUGGUGGCCAGAUUACUGUUACACGCCAUUACCAGUAUAUCUGACUCAUAACAUGGAACAUUUCCUGUGGAAAUUACUAAAGAUUUUUAGUAUCAUAGUACUAAAUGUUUGGAUGUUUUAAGUUUUUUCUCUGUUCUUAUCAGAUUUUUAAAAUUGUUAAUGUUUGUUGUUUAAAAAUAA